AUGGCCGCCGCCGGAUUUGUUUUUCAGAGGCAGGUUGCUAUCAACCGCGGAGAUCUUCAUGAUGAAAUUCACAUGACUCAACCAAGAGGUUUUGAAUUGGUGGCUCACAAGUGGUCUGAUGUUAGUCUUUUUGUGAGAAAAACAAAAGAUUCAAUCACUUUUAUGCUUGUGUAUGUGGAUGACAUUGUCAUCACAUGUUCCUCAUCAAACACAAUUAGUAGUAUUAUUCAGCAGCUAAACAAGACUUUUGUACUUAAAGACAUGGGCUCCCUUCACUAUUUUCUUGGUAUAGGAGUAACAAAGACAUGUGAUGGAGGAAUGGUGCUAUCACAGACCAAGUAUAUCAAGGAUAUUCUUCUAAAGGCAUCAAUGCAAGACUACAAAGCUGUUCCAACUCCAAUGACAUCAAAUCUGACACUGACUUCCACAGAUGGCGAGGUGUUCAAUAAUCUAAGUUUGUAUCGGUCUGUUGUAGGUAGUCUUUAA